GCAAGAAACAAAAAUACCCAAUUAAAAUAUAAGUAGACAAAUACAACUAAAAUUAACUAAACAUUUUAAUAAUUGACUACAAUGUAGCUAUACCACUUCGUUCCUUUCUGAUAGCAUGUGAACGUUCUCCAUAGUGAUUCUUUAGUUCUGGUUACAUCACUGCACUCCCUCUCCUGCAAGUCCUUGGUUCUCCUCAUUUGUUCAGGGCCUUCUCGCCGAGUCUGGAGGGCUGCAGCUGGAUGCCACCCGUUGGAAAUUGUUUGUGACGUAAGUGUACAGGUUUCGUUCAGUAACACGUGACACAGUGUUUUGGCACCCAGCGUCACGUGACCAGAAGUGUUUCGGAACAUUAUUUCGAUGCAGCGAGUGUGGAACUGAUCGAACGGUAUCGAGCAGCCCAUCACUACAGUUUGCGCUAGUCAAUCUUCUUGGAGCAGUUGGUUCCGUUUUCGGGACACAUCCAAGUCGCUAAAAUGAUGGAGGACAAACCCAACCUGCUGCUCUCCAUCCACACUGAGCCCAAACAAGAGUCACUGGAUUCUGAUUGUGACAGUGAUGCUCUGGGUGCAUCGAUGUAUUCAGAGAUGACCUCAGUGAAGAUGGAAGACAAAAGUAAAAUACUGGGACAGAAUGUUAACAUUAAAAACGAAGAAGAGAAGAGUGGGGUUAUCAUUAAAAAUGGAGAGGGGGAUUUACUUAAUCAAGAUGGGAUUCAUGAAGUGGACACACUUGGAGAGAAACGACAGGAAGACUACAAUGAUAAGAAGUCUCACGACUGCCCCCAUUGUGAAAAACGUUUCUUAUGUCCAUCACUGUUAAAAAGACACGUUAACACACAUACUGGAGAGAAACCUUACUCCUGUUCUGACUGUAGGAAGAGUGUCUCUACAUUAUAUAGCCUUAAAGCUCACCAGCGUAUUCAUACGGGAGAGAAACCUUACUCUUGUUCUGACUGUGGGAAGAGUUUCUCUACAUUAUGUAGCCUUAAAGCUCACCAGCGUAUUCAUACUGGAGAGAAACCUUAUUCCUGUUCUGACUGUGGGAAGUGUUUCAUUACAUCAUCUCAUCUUACUAGUCACCGGAGGGUGCACACAGGUGAGAAGCCUUACACCUGUUCUGACUGUGGGACUAGCUUCUCUCACUCAAGUCACUUUAAAGUUCACCAGCGCAAACAUACUGGAGAGAAACCUUACUCCUGUUCAGACUGUGGGAAAUGUUUCUUUAUAUCAGCUCAUCUUGCUAGUCAUCAGAAACUGCACACUGGUGAGAAGCCAUACUCCUGUUUUGACUGUGGAAAAAGUUUCUUUAGAUCAUCAGAACUUUUUUGUCAUCAGAGACAGCACACAGGUGAGAAGCCUUACAUCUGUUCUGACUGUGGGAAGAGUUUCUAUAGGUCAUCUGAACUUUUUAGACAUCAGAGAGUGCACACAGGUGAGAAGCCUCACUCCUGUUCUGAGUGUGGGAAGAGUUUCAUUACAUCAUCUGAUCUUACUAAUCAUCAGAGAGUGCAUACAGGAGAGAAGCCUUACUCUUGUUCUGACUGUGGGAAGUGUUUCUCUCAAUUAAGUAUCCUUAAAUCUCAUCAGCGGAUACAUACUGGAGAGAAGUCGUUCUCCUGUUCUGACUGUGGGAAAUGUUUUAUUACAUCAUCUGCACUUACUAAACAUCAGAGAGUGCACACAGGUGAGAAGCCUUACUCCUGUUCUGACUGUGGGAAGAGUUUCAUUGCAUCAUCUGAUCUUACUAGUCAUCAGAGAGUGCACACAGGAGAGAAGCCUUACUCCUGUUCUUACUGUGAGAAGUGUUUCACUCAAUUAGGUAACCUUAAAGCUCACCAGCGCGUACAUACUGGGGAGAAGCCUUACUCCUGUUCUGACUGUGGGAAGAGUUUCUCUCGAUUAGGUGGCCUUAAAGUUCAUCAGCACACACAUACUGGACAUUAAUAUUGAACAUUUGAUAGACUUCACAGAGUGAUAAAUAAGUGUUUUACCACAUCAAGUAGUCUUACUGUCUGUUUGAAAAUGACCACAAAUAAAGGAGAAGUCUGAAUGCCCAAACUGAAUUAAUAAAGCAUAUGGGCCAUUCCGCCGAA